GCAGACAGGGCAAAAGUUAACUAGCUCCGGGAUUAUCAGUGAAAUCAAUCCGAAUAAUGGUAAUCUGUGAGAUUGAGUUCUUCAAUAAUCCCCAGGGGAUUUUCUAUGCGGGCCAGCUGAUUUCCGGACAGGUGGUAAUCAAAACGGAGAAGGCGAAACCAGUUAAAGCCGUGGUUCUCCAAAUCAAAGGAUAUGCCGAAACCCAUUGGACCGAUACCGAAUACGAUCCGGAGGAUCAGUCGAACGGAGAAUCAUUCAACGGACAUGUGGACUACCUGGCCACAAGGGCUUAUCUGCACGGAUCUAGCUCCAGCAUAGAGGUGAUUAUUGAGCCCGGCACGAGCACAUAUAGAUUCGCCUGUCAGUUGCCCAUCACAUGUCCAUCUUCUUUCGAGGCGACACUCGGGCGGAUACGUUAUUUGGUGAACGUGAGGUUCGUGCGUCCGUGGAAACACGACCAGAACUUCAAUCGAUGUUUCACUGUACUCAAAGUGAUGGACCUAAACUCCGCGAGCCUGAUGUUGAGGAUACCCAGCCAAGUUGAGUCACAGCGCACUUUCUGCUGUUUUCCCUGUCGUUCGUCGCCCCUCAGUAUGCGCCUCUCCCUGCCGCAGGGUGGCUUUGUGCCAGGACAGACUGUACCGGUGGAAGUAAUGGUCUCCAACGAAAGCGGCGUGGCGGUGGAGGACAUAACCGUGAAGCUUGCCAUGGUGGUGAUCUACUACAGUCAACCCCCGUGCGCGGAGACCAACAAGGAUCGGUUCGUGAUGGUCCAGAAAACUGGCGAGGGCGUGUCGUCGAAAUGCCGCAAGCAGCUAACUUUUGAUCUUACGGUCCCAGCCACUCCGCCCACAUGCUUCAAUCUGUGCAGCAUCAUUCAGAUCGGCUAUCAGGUGGAAGCAGAGGCCAGGGUCAAAGGUUGUCAUGGAGGUCAGACGCUUCACAUGCCCAUAACCAUUGGAAGCGUCCCAUUGACGAAGCAACUGCAGAAAGAGCCAAAGAUUUGGGGCGAGGACCCACUGCCCCAGCAAUUAGAUGCCACGGCAUUAGUUUUGAUUGCAAACGAAGCAGCUGGGGAACCUCUUGGCCCUCCAACUCCUUGGGCAGCAGAUCCAUCUGUUGCUCCGCCGAAUUAUGUCGCAGCCAAACAUAUCUGUCCGGAUCCACAAAAGUGCUCAAAGUCAAAAAGGAAGUCUCAGAAAAUAUCUGGUAAAGGGUCACAAGACAAGAAAAGGGAAGAAAUUACGUUUACUCCGCUGUACGGCAUCUUUGAUCUGUCAAAUCAAACCGACGAAAUGAUUCUGAGACCCAAUCAAAAGAAGACUGAUGGCGGAUAUGUCAAUGAAGAAGUAGAUAAGAGCACUUGGCUUUAAAAAUAAUUGAAAUUGAAUAUACAUAUUUUUUAAAUUAUAAAUAAAAUAUUCAAAUAAAUCAU